CGGGGAGUGUCAGGAAGAGGAAGAGCGCGGCCGGGAGCGCGGCGCAGAGCAGGGGCCCGGCCGAGGCAGCGGUGCGCGGGCCACCAUGGCCACGGACGAGUUGGCCAGCAAGCUGAGCAGGAGGCUGCAGAUGGAGGGCGAAGGCAGCGAGGCGACCGAGCAACCGGGGCUCAACGGGGCGGCGGCGGCGGCGGCCGAGGCUCCCGACGAGACUGCCCAGGCGUUGGGCAGCGCGGACGACGAGCUGAGCGCCAAGCUGCUGCGGCGCGCGGACCUCAACCAGGGCAUCGGCGAGCCGCAGUCGCCCAGCCGCCGUGUCUUCAACCCCUACACCGAGUUCAAGGAGUUCUCCAGGAAGCAGAUCAAAGACAUGGAGAAGAUGUUCAAGCAGUAUGAUGCCGGCAGGGAUGGCUUCAUCGACCUGAUGGAGCUGAAACUCAUGAUGGAGAAGCUGGGGGCCCCCCAGACGCACCUGGGCCUCAAGAGUAUGAUCCAGGAGGUGGACGAGGAUUUCGACAGCAAACUCAGCUUCCGGGAGUUCCUUCUGAUCUUCCGCAAGGCGGCAGCAGGGGAGUUGCAGGAAGACAGCGGCUUGCACGUCCUGGCCCGCCUGUCCGAGAUUGAUGUCUCCACAGAGGGCGUUAAGGGUGCCAAGAACUUCUUCGAGGCCAAGGUACAGGCCAUCAACGUGUCCAGCCGCUUUGAGGAAGAGAUCAAAGCUGAACAAGAGGAAAGGAAGAAGCAGGCCGAGGAGGUGAAGCAGCGGAAAGCGGCCUUUAAGGAGCUGCAGUCCACGUUCAAGUAGCCAGAGCCCAGGCCGAGACCUGGCCCUGCCCCGUGUGCGGUCUGGGGGCACGGGUGGGUACAGGGGACCCGUGGGAGACUAGCUCCCAGGUCCUGCUCUCUGUGCCCGGACCACUACUAAAAAACCGCAAACUGUAUGUGACCGGAUCUCAUUCAGGAGUCUCCUCAGUGGUGGGUCCCGGCCCUGCUCCCUCCCGUGGUUCAUGCGGCUGUGACGCCAGCCAGCAGCAUCCUCUCUGGCCAUCCCUACGUGUCUUGUUCUCUGGCCACCCUGCUGCCUGCUCUAGCCCAACUUCAGCCCAUUCACGCCCCUGCCUUUGGCACCAGCUACUUUCUCCACCCACCCAGCUACCCUUAACUAUAGGCCGCGCCGCCAUGGUCCAGCGGAGAGUGAGACCCUCCCCAAGAUUCUUCCUUUCAGAUCGGGCCCCAUCACUGAUGGAAGUGGAGGGACUCUUAUUUUAGUGAGGAGAUCCGGGGACUCCUAUAUUAGUGAGGAGAUCCAGGCCCUAGCACUCUUAAGCUGAUUUAAAUAGGGCCCAGGCAGGCAGGGUGAAGGCCACUGUGCGAAUCUACCUCACAGGCUACACUCUGCCAGGCAUGCCUUGGGGACGUGAGUGAUAGGGUUCCGUGGGAAGGGACAGAAAUGUCACCCUCUGAGACCCUACCCCCCGCAGCAAGCUGAGGGUCCCAAGGGGCUGUGGAGAGAGGGGUGGGGUUCCUAAGGGAUCGGCCUUUUCAGGGUGGACCUCAGCACUCUGCCUUGACUCCCCAAGGAGUGCCUGACGUGUUUAUGUGCACUGGCAGUAGGACUCGGGGCCGGCACCCCUUUCACACUCUCCUUCCUUGGGUUUGUCACCCGUGAUGGCACCAGCCUGUCGUGCCCACCCGUAGAUCGCAUGGGGACUCCCCAGGCCAUAGUGAAACCCGUGCCGUUCCUCUGUAGCUCCAUGUGCUUGCUCACAUGUGUGUGUGUGUGUGUGUGUGUAUGUGCGUGUCCGUUGCUGUGUUGUGAAACUGUGACGUCACCCAGUCUAAGUGAACGGCCACCAGGGCCACCGUUAUGCAAUGUUCAGCGUGUCACUGCUUGUGAAACUUGAUAACUCUUUAUUUUACUACAAUGCCUCCAGACUCCCCAGGACCCCUGUGGGACUUGCAAAGGUUUUAUUUUUUCGGUCUUAGAACCUAUGAGAAUCGGAGGAGCCGAGCCAAGCCCGGCCCAGCCCAGCUGCCGUGGCCCUGGCUUGAGUUUGCCUUAGUGGAUAUGUUUAUACAGAUGAAUAUAAAUUCCCUUUACUUUUUGCUGUUUGCAUUUUAUUUUUGGUUCCCCCUCUCAGCCCUCCAAAAAAAGCUACUUCUUCAUUCGGUGGUAUGAUUAUUUUUUUUAACUAAAAUGAGAUAAAAUUCUAUAUUCUUA